ACGGCCAGUCAGAGCCAUAUUUACCCACCGUAUUCUGCUUGUGUAGUUUUUUUAGCGAUGCGGAAUUUGCAUUGUUGCUUCAGUGUCAUAUUCCAUCAUGUAAAGCUAAAUGCCGUGUGAUGUUUUUGCUAUUUUAAACCACUGUAAACUGCAAUUAACUAUCAGAUUGUCGAGGCUGAACUAUGGCUGUGACCGUCCAGCCAUUGGUUAGAUUUAGGCAACAUGGAUGUAAAAUCUCAAUGCCCAAAUCCAUUUUCAGAGUUGUGAACUGCAUUUGUGGGCAGGGGCUGAGUGUAAUCUGAAAGUCACAUGAUGUCGUGGGUGUGAUUUAAAAGGUGGUUUCAAGAUUCAAUGAAAAGAAGUGCGAAUAUUUAAUCUGAGCAAACAGAAGCCCGCUGAUUCUUAUUCGGGAAGCUGUUGGGAAACGUUGACAAGCCAAAUUGUCGUGUGCUCCAGAUGUUGAGGCUCAGUGUGUGGCUGGCAGUGGGGGCCUUUGUGUCCUGUAAAAUCCCAUGUCCCGACGAAACCGUCUGCUCCGAUCACACAACCUGCUGCCAGACUGAGCAGGGGUACAGCUGCUGUGGAUAUCCCAAUGCGGUAUGCUGCCCAGACUUGUCCCACUGCUGCCCUCAAGGGUUUCGCUGUGACUUGGUUUCCCAGCAGUGUGAGAAAGUCACGACGUCAUGGAUGGACUCUCCAUUUCUGCUGAAAAAAACUGCUGGUGGACCUCCCGUCAUCCCACUUCAAUCAUUGCCAUACUCCAAUAUUAUUGAAAAGACACGUGUGCCAAUUAUGGUAGAUGCCAGGGGUAGUGAGGGCGAGUUUGGAGUCAUUCGCUGCAGUUCCAAGUUCUUUUGCCCACAAGGCACAUCUUGCUGCAAAGGAUUGUCAUCGGAAUCUUGGAAUUGCUGUCCCUACCCACUGGGCCAAUGUUGUGCAGAUGGUCAGCACUGCUGUGAAUAUGGCUACACAUGCAACAUCCACCCCUUAGCAUGUAGCAGAAGAACCUUCGUGAGUCCAUCCACAGCAUUGAUUCAGGAACAUCCUCAACAUGACCGGUGAUACUUUGUUGUUGUUGACAAUUCUCGUUUAGAGUUUACUUUUCAAUGUAUUACAUGUAAUCAAUGUUAAAAGAAUAAAACAAAGCAGCUUCCUCAACCUGAAUUUCACCUGUUGGGUGGUCAUGAUGCUGUAGUCAACUGGGUACCUACGAGCUAUUUUCAUAAACACUUUUUUCAUA